AUGACCGAGGUUAUAUCAAAAGGAUCCAAUCUAUCUACACCUGAUUACAAUCAUGCCUCGGACUCUCAGUAUGAGCAAUACCGAAGACUAGCUGACUUAGCCUAUGGGAAGCGGUCAUCGCUUUCACAGAAGUCUCAAGCUGCCUAUAAAAGCAGGGAUGCAAGGAAGGCCAAGCUAUUAUCGGAGCAGGCCAAGCAAAUGGCAGCCGAGGGGGAUCGUUAUAACGCUAUGGCGGCAGAGUAUGUGUUCCUUGAGAACAACCGAGACUCGGACGAGAACGAUAUCGAUUUGCAUGGGCUAUAUGUCCGAGAGGCGGAAUACAUUCUCAAACAGAGAAUUAUUAACGGUUUGAGCAGGCAGCAAAGUUCUUUGGACUGCAUUGUUGGCAAGGGAUUACAUUCCAAAAACGGAAUCGCCAAGCUCAGACCGGCUGUAGAGCAGCUAUGUGAUGAAGCCAGCUUAAAAUGGAAGAUCGAUAGCCGAAAUUCCGGCAUUCUGAUAAUUUUCCUUGAGGGAGCCAGAAUUCCUGGCUCCUGGUCCAAUAUAAGUUUGAACGGAAUCGGUGCUAUGGUCGAAAACCAGAAUAUUCUGGACAGGCGGAAGGGAAAGCAGGGAAAGCAGGGUCAGCAGUACCAGCAACAACCAUACCAGCAACAGCAGUACCAGCAACAGUCAUACCAGCAACAGUCAUACCAGCAACAGCCAUACCAGCAACAAGAACAACAGCAGCAGAUGCCGUGGCAAAAGAUUAUAUCUGCCGUUAUCAAAAUUCUUGGUUCAUGUUUCAAGUAA